AUGUCGUUUGAAGUAUUUAAGGCAAGAAGAACCACUGAAUUUUGGAAAGAGCCUAAUUCAGGCUAGAAAGUAGGGCCAGGGUCAUAUAAUUUGAACAAAGUUCCCUUCUCUUCCAGAAAAGCCAAUGGCUAUGCCCCUUUUUGCUCAAUGACUGAAAGAUUUGGAAGCACAAAUAAUACUUCAGGCAAAACACUAAUGGCCAUUCCAAUUGAAACAUCCAUGCUUUCACCUGGUUCAAAUCCUUAAGAUAAUUUUGAAGUCCACUAGUAGUAACUCCUAAGUACAACUAAAAUGUCCAGGAGCUAAUCGGUAAUUCAAAAACCUCCAAAAUAAUCCAGCAGUUUUAUGUCUAAAAAACCCAGACUUGCAGCUCCAAUGGCAAUGCUUGGCACUGAGUUUUAAUCUACAUAGGUUGAGAACCCUGGUCCUGGUACCUACACUGAUAUCAAUGCAGAAUGGACUAAGACAAAUAAAUUAGAACAAAUUAAAGAAAUAUUCAAAGAGCAAGCAAUUAUGAAGAAGUAAAGGAUUCAAUAAGCAAUUUAAGAAAUUGAGGGAGAAAAUAAGAAAAAAAGAAAAUAAAAACCCACCAUACCAAGUAGAAAGCCUCAUAAAAAUGGAUACUCAGGAAUAGAUUAAGAUACACCAGGACCGAGUGGUUACGACCCCAAAACAGAUCUGGUGAAGAGUAAGACCUCUGCCUCCUUAUUUUCAAAAUCAAAGGUAGACAGAGAGGUGUUUUAAAUAAAUGAAACGCUGCCUGGGCCUUCAGAUUAUGAUAAGAAGACUUAACCCACUGAUAAGAAAGAUUUUUGCAAAAAUAGCGCUGGUGCUAUAUUUGGCAGUAAAGUCCCUAACUGCAAAGAUAGGAAAAUAGAUAAUGCUGAUUUACCGGGACCUGGAGCCUAUGAGCCUUUUAAAGAUCCCUUGAACAUUUCUACUGAUAAGAUAUCAGGGAUCGACAAGUCAAGGCUAAACGAUAACAUCUCCUCUAAAAAUGCCAAUUACUUGCAAAAUGCACUAAAUAAAUGUCCAUUUAUUGAUGUUUACGAUAAAGAGCAAAAUCCAGGACCAGGCAACUAUUUCUAGCAAGACCCAAAGGAGAAAAUUCUCUAGAGACUAAAAAAUCAGCAUUUCGAAGCAAUUUAGAAGCCAAAGCCUGGCUUUAACAGUCAUUUGGAGCGAGAUUGCAACAAGAAUCUAGAGAGGAUUGAUAAACUUGGACCUGGAGUGUACAUCGACAUUAACAAUCCAAUAAACUCGAGUCUGAACAAGACCCUGCUUAAAUUCUAAAGUGACAGAAAUUACUAAGAAACAUAUGGGGUUGAGAAGAAACCGUUCGGUUCAUCGACUUCAAGAUUCCACUUGAACAAAAAGGAUCAAGAGAGACAGAUAGAGUAAGAUAUGAAAGAUUUUUAGCUUGCAAGUGAUCUUUCGUACAAGAAUGACCAAUAGCAUGUUGAGUAGAAAGAGAAGUAAACUACCAAGUACAACAAAAUUAGAGAAUCUAAAUCAUAAGGUUCGUUCUAAUUCAAAUCUAAGGGCAAAAGACUUUAAUUUCAAGACCAGACUGAUCCAAAUGUCAUUACUAUUAACACUGACCCUGAUGCAUAAAACAGAAUAUCUCAGAUACAGCAGUACUAGCAGUAAACGGGAGCUCUUAUGAUAGCGUGUGCUAAUAAAAGUAAUCAAGCCUAAAGAUAAAAUGUGAGGCCCAAUCAACUGACUCAGAGAUUUAGUCUAAAUAGAAUUGUAUCUUUUGAAUCGUCUUAGGAAAGAUUUGGAUUUAAUAAGAUAGCCAAGCAAACUUUGGAAUAGGUGCCUGGACCUGGUUCAUAUGAUCUCAAUACCAAUGCAACUACUAGACCUGAUACAAAAAAGAGAAGCUCAAGAAACAAUAGCAAAACAGGAUUCAACACCUCUGAGAAAAAGUUCAAUCCUAAGUUUAGUUCUUAUAUUAUCAAGCAAAGCAGCAAUGCACUAGGACCUGGGUAAUAUCACAAGAAGGAAAAUUUAACUAUGGUAAAAAAAUCUUAUAACAUGGCAAUUGAGGGAUCAUAAUUCUAAUGA